CUGUUGGAAUUGGGCGCGAAUAUUUCAUUGUUCGAUCAAUGACAGUUCUAACUCAAGGAAAUUGUGGCUAUGUCUGAAAGUUCGCCAAAAUGGAAAAGACCUUCAGAUGUAAUGAAGAUUCACAGAAAGAGAAAAAAAUGUUCACUGAGUCGUUCUUUCUCAGAGGAAAAGACCUCUCCUAGCGCUUUAAAUGACAGUACGAAUGUUUUCCUGAACUGCAACGCGACGAGGAAGAAUCCCUUUUCAAGUGAUGGGAAUCUGGAUGCAACAUACAAACGUAAAAGGCUGGAAAGUGAAGAAAAACUUCAGAGUUUUAAUGAAAAUACGCAGGCAUUUUUUGCUAUCUUAGAAAAGGCAAACAAGACGGAUGGGGAUGUACCCAGUAUUAAAAUCGAAAAGUCCACAAAGAAUGGUCCUGUAACAAGAGACCUCCUGGUGGAUGACGAUGAUGAGAAAUCCCAAUUUGAUUUCAUAGAAAAGUUUUUCAAAGCAGCACAAUCACAGAAACUUAAGGAUGAGUUUCCAAAGCCAAUUAUAAAAGAAAGAGACAGUCCACCCUCCAGUAGACCAGUGCCAGUGGAUUGGUCAUUAAAGGUCAAACUUAGGGUCGUGUCGAAGUCAUCAUUACUAUGGUGUACACAGAUCAAAACAGCAGAGGAAGCCAAAGGGCUGACAGACUUUGUGUCAAACUGCAGUCAGGGUGAUGUGAUGGAAGACAAGUCAGAUUUCUAUAGCUGCUGUUUGUACUGGAUGUACCCCAAUCUUCCAUGGCUGAGGUUGUUCCCCAGAAUAGUGCCAGACAGUAAAAUCAGAUCCUCAUCGAAUGGCUUACUCAAUGAAGACAUCCAAAAGACACUCUCCGAGGACUGGAAUGAGAGUUUUACAUCGGCGUUCCAUCAGCUCCGUUCACAACACUGCCCAUAUUUUUACUUCUGUACACAUCAGUUCACAGUCCUCUUCCGGGCGGCGGGGGUGGCUGGUCAGUCCAGUCACAAUGCAUUGCUUACCCCCACUACCAGGGGUCUAAGGGAGGCACUGAAAAAUGAAGGUAUUGAUUUUAACAUGCCAGUGUUGGAGAGAAAGAGAGAAUCGUUCAGUGCAGAAAAAUCUCAAGGUGAAAAUUCAGAAGCCAAGGCUGCCCAACCUGUGGACGAGGAUGACGAUGAAUUUCUGGAGACUGAUGAGGGAGCCUCAAUAUGGUUAGAGAGUAUAGGACUGGACAAAAAACAGUUUCCCUCUCUUGACCCCACCAAAGUCAAAAUACAGAGAGAAGGCUUCAGAGCUAUAGACAACCGACCGGAGUCACUAAUCCAUGUACAAGGAGCGGACGUCCAGGCACUGUUUAAUUUCCUGUUAAACUGUCGUAGUUGUGUGGCGUCCAGUGGGCCACAGGCAGGGGUUCCACCCACGAUCCUGUCCCCCUCACCAUUCAGGGGAGCCGCAGUACAAAGCCAUAAGGUGAAACAUUCGCUUGUAAAACAGACAGAGACAGACGGAAGUAUAGAUCACGUCCACAUUUUAGAAAUCGCAGGAGCCUUGCUACCUCACCACGUCCACCGCAUACGGAAAGUUCUGGAGCGGACUCAAGGAGAGUUCACUUUAACAUUCAAUACACAUGAACCGACUGUGCCAUUUAAUGCCAAGCUCUCCACAACUGACAAUAAUCCAGAGAGGGAAAAAAUGAAUAUGAAGGGAGAUAACUUCGACUCAUUCUUUGAUAAUUGUGAAAUUGAAGAUAGGUUAACCUGUAUACGAGAGCUCUACUGUAAAAAAUGCGUGUAUAAUUGGGCAACCUGAAUUUACAAUGACAGAGAAAUAGGAUUUUAAUGUCGUGAUAUAUGAUUUUUUUAUGCAUUAGGAAUUUGAUUCAACGUUUUGUCUCUAUUCUCCAACUUGAGCUUUUGUUAUUGAUUUUAUUACCUGCUAUUUACAUUGAAGAUUAAGUGGCUGUUUUAUUAAUAGCCAAGUCUGCAGUGUUCAUUUUUCAUGUAUGAAAUUUUAUUGUGUUUGCAUAAUUGAAAAGAAAGAGUUAGUGUUUUGAAGAAAAUUUGAAAUAGAUAUGAAUAUUUUUUGGAAAUUUUGGUCUUUCUCUGUCAAACAUAAGAGACUGCAGUGUGAAGUAGGAGUAUUAAAAUGAUAAGGAAGUUAAAUGUUUAAGGAAGAGAGGGAGAAAACGGAACAUUAAAUACCAUAAUAAAUUGCAUGAGGAAAUAUUCUACAACUUGGGUAUGCUUAGAUUAUAUAAUAGUUUUUAAUAUAUAUUGUUCAAGAUUUUUGUACAGAGUGUGUAAGGUAUGUUGGAAAUUGAAAUGUAUAAUGUUCUUGAUUUAAUGUGCAGGUGAUCAGAAAAUGUAUUGAACAAAUGGAAUAUUUUUAAAUAUGUGCAUAGUAGCUGAAUGUUGAAUGAAUAGUGCAUUCCAGAAUAGUCAAAUUAACAGAAAUGUAAUAUUGUAGGUCUGUAAAAACAGAAGAAAUUUAAUCUGGCUCAAUUAAAUAAUUUAUUGUG